AUGAUCUUAAUUUUGCACAUCAGUGCUGUUGUGGGCUAUGGGCAGGCCAAGGUUGCAGACUUUGGGCUUGUGAAACUUGGUGGGGGCACCGCUAUGGGCACGUCUGUGGCUGCCACUCGAGUGAUGGGAACACCAGGCUAUGUGGACCCUGCGUAUUUCAAUUCUCACAAAGCCACUCCAGCAGCAGAUGUACACAGUUUUGGCGUGGUGAUGCUGGUGGUUAUCACGGCACGCAAGGCUGUGCAUGUAACAGAGGACAACCAGAUCAAUCUCAAACAAUUGGUGGCCCCGUUGGUGGACUCUGGUGCUGUAUUGGCGUUUAAGGACCCCCACUUGGACGCACCACACGACUUGGUGCUGCGCUGGGCUCGCCUUGCCCUCUCAUGCACUGCCAUGCCUGCAGCCUCCCGCCCCUCCAUGAAUCAAGUGCUGGGAGAGCUAGUGAAGUUGAAGCAGGAAGUGAUCGGAGCACAUGUGGGCGAUGCAAUAUCUCGCAUUGACAUGGAGAUUGAGUGUUCCAUUGGCUCCUCCGGCUUCACUACUGAAUUGGCCCGUGCGGAGCGAGAGGCCGAGCCAACUGGCUCUCCUAUUGAAUAG